AUGCCAAAAGCAUACAAGCAACGGAAAAGAGAACCUUACAGCUAUGAGAGUAUGCAGAAUGCAGUGUCCUCUGUAAUGAAAGGCACUUACUCAAUUAGAAAGGCUGCCGAAAUGUUUAAUGUAAAUAAAUCAACCCUACAUGACACGAUUAAAAAAAAGUAUAAGAACCCUGGUCAACCUGGUAGAAAAACAGCGAUCCCACCAGAAGUUGAACAUAAGAUAGCAAAUGCUUUGAAGGAAGCAUCUAAACAGGGCAUGGGCAUUUCAAGGCGGCAAUUACUGCGCCGGGUAGGCAGUUUAUGCAAAAAAAUGAAAAUCGAGGUUGAUCAAUUUAAGCAACAGACCCCCGGGAAGGACUGGUUUGUUGGUUUUAUGAAGCGACAUCCAACACUGUCAAUUCGCAAACCAGAGAAGUUAGCGACAACAAGAGCAAGGAUGACAAACCCGGCAAUAGUAUCAAAAUAUUUCGAUGAUCUUGGGCAAAUUUUGAAAAAUCUUGGCUUGUUAUCAAAACCCGCGUGCAUAUGGAAUUGCGAUGAAACUGGAAAAAGUUUUGAGCACACACCAGUAAAAGUCAUUGCGGAAAAGGGAUCUAAGGCUGUGGUAGGGAGGACAUCGUCAUGCAGAACAAAUAUAACGCUCAUGGCAUGCGUGAAUGCUGCUGGGGGUAAGAUGUCUCCAUUGUUUAUUGUCAAAGGCAAGACAUCCAGAUCCUUGCAUGGAUUUAACACCCUUGCUGCCCCACAAGGAACACGCUGGCACUACCAAGCCAAUGGCUGGAUGAACGACGACAUUGGCGAAAAAUGGUUUGAGGACGUAUUCCUUAUGGAGUGUGGCAAAGAAAGGCCCCAGCUCCUGAUUUUGGAUGGCCACUCCUCCCACGAGAGUCUUUCCAUCAUUGAGUUGGCCAUCCAGAAUGAUAUCCACAUUCUGAGCCUCCCUCCUCAUACUACACAUGCUCUUCAACCUCUUGAUCGCUGUGUAUUUGGUCCACUUAACAGCGCCUACAACAAUGAAUGCUCAAACUUCCUUAACCAGAACCCACUUAACAACAUCAACAAAUGGUCAUUUCCGGGUAUUUUGGCAGUUGCAUGGGAAACAGCUGUCUCCAAAACAAAUAUCCAAGCUGGUUUCCAAUCAUGUGGCAUAUUUCCGUUCAAUCCAUCAGCUGUUGCUCCUGAGCUGUUGAAGCCUUCCAUUCCUUCAAAUAAGCCCAAACCACUUCUGUCUUCCGCAGAUGAAAUAUCAGCAACUACCACUCUUUCUGAGCAUUCUGAGGUAUCCUCUGGUCCCCCCUUGGUUUCUGGUCCUUCUGUAUCUUCUUCUAGUGGUCCAGUAUCUUUCACUAUUGUCUCUUCAGGAGUUGGUUCAUCCUUAUUGCCCACAGUCACCCCAUCUACACGACAGGAUCUUUCCAUUAAUGAGGCCCCUGAAAUCAAUGAAAGUCAAGAUACUAUAAGUCUUGUUACACCUGUUGACAAUAUGACAACUCCUCCCUUGGCAGAUGACCCAGAAAUGCUACUUGCAUUGAUAAAUGAUGGCAAUAUAGAAGUAUUCACCCCAGACGAAGAGGGCACAGUUGAAAUUCAUCAGUCUGGUAUUUGGGAUUCCGCCAUAUCAGACAUCUUUCUCCCACUUCAGUCUGUUGAACCAAAUAAACCAGCUGAUACUAAACCGAGAUCAAAGUCUUCAUCUCACAGACUCUUGACCUCGGAAGAAAUUCUUCUGGAAAAACAGAUGAUGUGGCAGAAGAAGGAGAAUCAUGAUAUUUAUUUCAUUGUUGAUGACGAGUAUUUUAUACUUAACAAAGCACCACUACAAGAAUGA